UGUCCUCGCUCAACCAACCCCUGCUGUUGUAAUGUAAAGCUGGUAGUGUCCUGGUGUACCGCUGUAAAGAACCCGGUUCACAUACAUCGGUGCCUCCAACUUGAAUAUUCUCUGCGUCGGAGUGAUUCCGCAGCCAAAUUACGCAUGGAAUGGUUUUGGGGGGAUUGGAGUAGAAAUGCAGCACCGCACUUCCAGCCCACAACAAGAACCAUGCCCAGUUUACAUUGCAAGCAAAUCUAUGACAUCCUGUUUUAUCCAUUACGACUUUGAUAUGAGUGAAAUUUGCUCGGAUACCGACAAGGAGUGAAGAAAAUAUAGACAGCGUUCAGGCUGAAGGACGUUGUUUUCGCUGCAGACGCCUGUGAACCGAAAACCUCUGCAUUUAGGAUCUUUUUUUCUUUUUGAUGGAGCUGGAGAACAUAGUAGCCAACACUGUACUGCUAAAAGCGAGAGAGGGUGGAGGAGGAAAGCGGAAAGGGAGGAGCAAAAAAUGGAAGGAGAUCCUUCGCUUCCCCCAUAUAAGCCAGUGCACUGAGCAGGGAAACAGCAUCGAGAGGGACUAUGUCAGCAUCUGUGAGAAACAGCCUAUCGGACGGCUUCUAUUCCGUCUGUACUGUGAGACCAGACCUAAACUGCAACGAUGCAUCCAGCUACUGGACGCAAUGGAAGACUAUGAGGUGACGCCUGAUGAAAAAAGAAAAAGCAGAGGAGACCAGAUCCUCAAGACUUUCCUCUCAAAACAAUCACCUCAGCGUGUAGACAUAGCAGAGGUUUUCGCAGACCAGUGCAGAGAAAACCUCGAGCUCAGUCCAUGUAAGGAGAUCUUCAUCAACUGCCGCAAGACCGUCCACGACUACCUGAGUGCAGCUCCAUACUUGGACUACCAGAACAGCAUGUACUUUGACCGAUUCCUGCAGUGGAAGAUGCUGGAGAGGCAACCAAUCACUAAAGACACGUUCAGGCAGUACCGGGUGCUGGGGAAGGGGGGAUUCGGAGAGGUGUGUGCCUGCCAGGUUCGAGCUACAGGGAAGAUGUAUGCGUGCAAGAAGCUGGAGAAGAAGAGGAUAAAGAAGAGGAAAGGGGAGUCCAUGGCUCUCAACGAGAAGCAGAUUUUAGAGAAAGUCAACAGUAGAUUUGUUGUGAGCUUAGCGUAUGCAUACGAGACCAAAGACGCUCUGUGUCUGGUGCUGACCAUCAUGAACGGUGGAGACCUGAAGUUUCACACUUACAACAUGGGCACGCCGGGCUUCGAGAAAGACAGGGUUCAGUUCUACGCCGCUCAAAUCUGCUGUGGACUGGAGCAUUUGCACAGGGAAUUCAUCGUCUACAGGGAUUUGAAACCGGAGAAUAUCCUGUUAGAUGACAACGGACACAUCCGCAUUUCUGACUUGGGGCUGGCCAUCAAAGUGCCCGACGGAGAACUCAUCAGAGGCAGGGUGGGGACUGUGGGCUACAUGGCUCCGGAGGUGAUAAACAAUGAAAAGUACGGCAUGAGUCCUGAUUGGUGGGGGCUGGGCUGUCUCGUUUACGAGAUGACCGCCGGGCGAUCGCCCUUCCGCGCCCGCAAAGAACGAGUGAAGCGGGAGGAAGUGGAGAGGAGGGUGCAGGAGGAAGAGGAGGAGUACAACGACAAGUUUACUGAGGACACCAAGGCUAUCUGUAGAAUUCUGCUGACCAAAGACCCUAAGCAGAGGCUGGGGUGCCUGGCGGACGCAGCAGCGGACGUCAAGGCCCACUCGUUCUUCAAAAACAUCAACUUCAAGAGGCUGGAGGCUGGGAUAGUGGAGCCUCCCUUUGUGCCUGAUCCUCGGGCAGUGUACUGUAAGGACGUUUUGGACAUAGAGCAGUUCUCCACAGUCAAGGGAGUAAAUUUGGACCAAACCGACAACGACUUCUACUCCAAAUUCACUACAGGCAGUGUUUCCAUCCCAUGGCAGAAUGAGAUGAUAGAAACUGAGUGUUUCAGAGAUUUGAAUGUCUUUGGGCCUCAAGGGACGAGACCUCCAGAUCUGGACUGGAAUCAGCCGCCAGAGCCGCCAAGACGCAGCCUGCUGGACAGGAUCUUCAGGAGGCAUCAACCAGAGGUGUCUAUUUCCCACUGCCGUGUGCAGUCUUCCAGUGUAAACUCUGUGGACUCCAUGUCCAACUCUGCCCCCUAGUGGCACCGUGACAGUGUGGGAGCCACACACACACAAAGGGAAGGAGCUCCGAGGGGCUUCCCCGCUGCUGAUUGGUCCACAGCCAGGGCCUGAGCAGCAGCCGGAGACGGCCUGUCUAAAAGCCUAAAUGGUCAGCCCAUGGGGUGGGGGGUGGGGGUGGGGGUGGGAGGGGGGGGUGGGAAGUGACCAGGCCCUGAGACCCCGGGCAUUUGUAGUGGGAUGGUCAAUGUUGCAAAGACGUUUGGAAAUAUUCGGACAAACCUUACUUACCCUCAGGAUUGUUGGACUAAUAGAACAGAGCCACUGACGUUGAUGAAAAAAGAAAAGGAUAGAAAACAAGCUAAUAUUCAGGGGAUCCACUGUAUAAUAAAGACCACCACAGGGAAUAGAAGAUGGGGUCUUGGUGAAUUUGUUUUGUGUUUCCAGAAGAAGAUAUUUCUUUUUCACUCAUUUUCAGUUCUUUUACUUUCUGGCCUGUAUCUUGUAUCUCUCCAUCUAUCCACACACCCCUCCGAUUCUUACUCUGUAACUUAAUUCUCUCUCUGCAUUUCCACCUCCCAUACCUCAGAUCACUCCUUAAAACAUUCAGAACACAUCACCUCAACAACCUCAACACAUAAUGUACAUUGCCUUGCGUACACUCAGGCCAAAGAUUACAGUUUUAGUUUUGUGAUACUGUUGUCAUGUUGAUUUAAUGUUUGUUUUCUUUGGAGGUUUUCAGCCGUUCGUUUAGAACCACAGGAGGAUCACAACGUGCGAUCCCUUUUCUACACUUUCUCUAUUUAUGAGCCUGCAGACAUAUCAUAUUGCUUAAAGCACACAUUACAUACACAAUCAGAUAGACAUACACACAGACAGAAUUGUGUCGUGUUUUCAUUGCAUGGACAAAGUGUAAGUAUGGACAGCUGUAUCCCUUUCGCUUCUGCAUACCUCAUUCCACUGAUGUUACCGUCGUAUACCGUACAACACGCAGACGUCUCCCUCGGUUUACAGUGUCACUUUAUAUUUGACAUUAUGUGGAAACUAAUUAAUAUGCUGUACAGAAACAGAAAUCUCUUCUUUCGCUCAGUUUUUUCUGCACAGUCCCCGUGGAGCGGAGAGGAACACAUGCACUCAGCCCGACUUACAAGUUGCACAAUUUAAAAUGUCAUGCUGUUUCUUCUUCAAACAUGUUUUUACCUCUGAUCAUUAAGGCACAUUGUUGUAUCGAUAUUGUCACACGCCGCUUGUUUUCUACAUCCGAAUCUGAAGUGUUCUUGCUCUCCCUAUGCCUUUUUCAUUUAAAAGAUAUUGCUGCAUAGCUAUUUUUGUCACAUGUAAAGGUUGUUUUUAUAUUUUGCCCCUUUACACUUAACAUGCUCUUCAAAAUGCCUCACAAAUCUAAAGAGCCUUCCUCUUGUCCACAGGGUAUCAACGGCUACAUGAAAGGUUUAUCUCAUCUGAAUUUUAUUUUAAUCGACUUAACCCUUUAAUGGUCUUCCCAACUGUUUAAAAGUGCACAUUUCUAUAGAGCUCUAUAUGGUUGAAGUUAGCAUGUGUACUGUUUUCAUGAAUAAUUCUGUUUUUUUUAAUGUCAUUUUAAAGGGCUGGCUGAAAGAAAUGAUGUAAAUGAAAAAAAAAGUCUGAUAACUUAUGUAAUUAAUUUUAAAAUCCUGCUCUAAUCAGUGGAAAUGUCCAUUAAUGGUAAAGGUUUUAUUUUCUUGAACAGCUGUUUUUCCAAAAGCAGAAUAUUGACAUUGCUACGAAGUCUUCUGAUGAUAAACUGUUGUCAGUAUGAUAAAUCUAAUGUGAUUAUACUGUAUGAUUGUUCAAAUAUAUCAGUAUAUUUGUUUAGUUUUACCCUCACUAAUCAAAACGGAUUGACUGCACUCUUACUGUAAAAACAAAACAAAAACAGUUUUAUUUGAUCUUUUUGUGUGGGACCAUUAAAGGGUUAAUCCAGCUCAUUAAUGUAGAACAGAGGAGGAGGAGGAGACACUAGAGGAUCCUACAAACACCACACAAAGAAGUGGCCUUCUCGCAGCAUCACAGCCAGUUGAAAGAGAAGAAGAGCUCACUCUUCUGCUCCUUUUUUAAGAAUGUGAUAUUUUCCUUAUUUGAGGUAGUGGAAGCUGAUCCAUGCAGUAAUUUUAAUCGUCACACAAGCCUGUUUUUUUUUUUUUCUUCUCUGCGUUCUUGAUAUGAAACAAACAAAAAAAAAAGAAUCUGAAUCAGACUGAAGUGCCUCCUUGUUAGCAUGAUCUCCCAGACAAUGCCCACACAGCCAUCAGCACUUUGUUUAUUCUCUGACUGUCGUGCGCUGUUUGUUUCGCUGGGGAACGCGUCAACACAAACACACACAGACUCACGCAGAUUUGUCAGAAAUGGAGGAAAAGUGGAGUGUUGAUGAGGGAAUUCUCCUUAAUGUGAUGUACAGCGAAGUGCUGAGUGCAUGUGAAAGCCAAACCCACUGUGUCCUUCAAGUCCCAAUAAACUCUGUGCUAUAGUUUGAGUAUCCA